AUGGGCACCUUUGGAAACGACUCCUCAAUAGAGGGAGACGUCUACGUCCAACGGUUGGCCACUUAUAUACGAAAGAAUGAGGAGGCGCUCGCCAACGGUCUUCUUUGUUUCCUGAAAAGCAGAGGCUCUUCAAAAGUGAAGCCUCUUCGGAUGACCUUCACCAUCCACCAUUUGUACUAUGUGACCGAGAGAAUCGAUAAUUCUUCUCUCGGUAUUGAUGUGGGGCCCUUGAACAUCAAGCUCGACACUCCGAACCAUGAACCUACGUUUAUAUCGUUUAUGGCAAAUAAUGCAAGAAACCAGAGACAGUUCGAAAGUGAUGCCAGAUCCAUCACGUCCAUGAAUUCAGUCAAGUCAAUUGUAUCCAGUGCUUCUGUCUACUGGAGGUCCUUUUCCUUCAGCAAGGAUCCUAAAAUCAUCCACAGAGACAUUAAGUACUUGUACUCCUCAUUUACAAAAAUCCCAUGCCUCAUCUUAUCUCCUAAAACAAAGAUAAACAGCAUAUCGGGCUACGAAGAAUACCCGUGCGAUACUCUGGUGCCGUUGAAGAUGUUCAAGAACCUUCAGGUGCUAGAGUUGGUGGAGUACGAACCGAAUGAAUUGUUUGGAUGGCACGCCCUCAGUGAGCAGUUAAGAAUCCUUAUUAUCAGGAACUCAAAAGUCUCUGAUCUUGCUCAAGUACUCUUCUCUUUGGUCAUAGAUGAUGAAAGUGGGCGCUCUUCCUUCAGCAACCCCCGUCAAUCGAAACGUCAUGAAUCUCCAUUUUUGCAUGAAGCCACCGAGGUGGGUUUAGCGAAACACAUCCAUCAUCGAAGAGAACGGGCGUUCACCACCGGUGGGUCUCAUUCACGCGAUCACUUCGUUGUGGACUACACAUUCCAAUCUUCAACCGACGUGGCUUUCGCUUCAACACCUGCCACACAUCCCCUUGAAAGAGACUACUCAGCAUUACCUGACUCAAAGUGGUUCUACUUGAGACAGCUCACUGUCUCCGAAGGAUCCAUCACCUCGAUCCCGGCAUUUGUUUUCAAGCCCCUCUCAAACUUGGUAAAGUUGAAUCUUUCAAGUAAUCUUCUCGAGGAAAUUCCAGAUGGAUUGUGCCACUUGAGUAAUCUCAAGUACCUCAACUUUGCCGACAAUUAUAUCACAUCAUUGCGUAAUCUACCGCAUAGUCUAAAGAAUCUCACUACGCUUAAUUUGAAUAACAACCAAGUCACGGAUAUAUCUGGUAUAGAGCAUUUGGAGAGUAUUGAAAAGAUCGAUUUGAGAAGAAACAAACUUGAUAGCAUCACGCUAUUGCGUCCCCUCAUUCUUCAUUUCAAAAAGAAAGGUUCGAAGCUCAGUAAUGUGUUCGUUUCAGGUAAUCCCUUACCAAAAACUUAUCGUGCUGAUCUCUUUAAUCUCUUCAAUGGUGUGAGACCUUCAAAUCACAUGAAGAUUGACGACUCGAGACCAGGCUAUUUUGAGAAUGCUUUAUUACUUGACCAUGAAGAGGCUGUCAAAAGGCUACGCAAGUUCCUUGACCAUGAUAAACAAGAUGCAAAGGUCACCAAUUCCAAUAAUACAGUAGCAGCCAACUCUGCGAACGGCACGAUCACUCCAGAAACGAUGGAGCCUCUUCCGAAGCAUCGUCAUACUCACUCCCUUGGGAAUGCCAACGACUUGGCCAACGCAGUCGGUCAGCUUAAUAUCAAGUACCCCGAUCCCAACACAUCUCAGCUGAAACACAAUAGUCUGAUGAGUGCAGCAUCGACAACUACUCCAAUGACUCCACCAACUGCACAUGCUGAAAUGGAGAGCACACCAGCUGCUGUGGCACUUUCAACGAAAAGUCCUCUUCAAGCGAAUCAGAAUCUCAAUAAUCAGUCUCAUUUCUCAACGAGCAAGUUUUCUAGCAUGACAAGACACUCCUUCACUCCCCCAAUGCUACAUCAGAAUGGAUCAGCUACAACCCUCAAAAGCUCAACUACGCUUAGCAGAAUUGAUUUAGAGGCGACGGGAGUGAACAAUCCUGCUCCGAAUGUCAUCACGCCUGUUCAAGUACAAGUCGAAGGAUUUCAAUAA